AUGAUCACUCCCUCCAUCCCAAGAGAAGAAGAACCAGAACCAGAACAACAUGAGAUCAGAGAUGUUUUGGGAAAUACCAUGGGUCCAUCUCUUCCUCCAUCCCCUGUUCGACAACAUCAUGUAAAUAUAAAUGAUUUACCAAUAGAAUUAUUAAUUCAAAUCUUUUCCCAACUUGAUCCAAUAUAUUUGAAUACUAUUCGAUUAGUAUGCAAGAAAUGGGAUUAUGCGAUUAAUGAUAAAGAAACCUGGACUAAAUCAUUCAAUUUGAAAUUCAAUACCCCGAAGAUAUUUCCAAGUUUGACUAAUUCUAUAAAUUGGAUGAGUGAAUAUUUCGCCAGAUUGAAUAUCUUGAAGAAUUGGAAACGAGGUAAAUCCCUUCAUCAGUUCUAUCGAUUGAUAAACAAUGAAUAUAGAUUCAAUGAUAUGACCAUUAGUGAUUUCAAAUCGGAUCGAAUCAUGAUCUUUUCUAAAAGACAUGGAAAUAUUACUCUGGGGAACUUGAUGAAUGGGAAAAAUCAGAGUUUUAUACCUGGUGGUACUAAUUUGAAUAUUUUAUGUCUGGAUAUGAAUUAUAAUUAUUUGGUAAUGGGGAAAUUGGAUGGUGAGAUUCAUUUACGAGAUUUGAAUAAAUCUACAUCUGUAUCAAACAGAGUAAGUUCACUUAAGUUUCCCGAGAGAGAAAAUGGACCUAUAAUGUCUAUUGUUAUGAAUGACACCCCGGAUAUUUUUAGGAAUAAAGUUGAUGUUAUAAGUGGAGGAUAUAAUGGGAAUGUUAAAUGUUGGACUUUGAAUGGGAAUCUAGUCAAGUCAUUUGAAUUUGGUGAAAUUGUAUAUAAUAUCAAAUCAGAUUUCAAUAAAUUUAUCCUUCUAAAUACCGAGAAUGAUAUUUAUGUCAUCAAUUAUCAAACAUUGGAAGUUAUCAAGAGAAUACCGAUGGGAAACAUAACCAUUGAAAACGCUGAAGAUCCAAAUACAGCACAUUAUUAUGAUGCAUUAAUAUAUCAAAAGAAUUUCUUUGAUGUAGACUAUGCAUCCCACAGUAUUAUCAUAAGUCAUCUAUCAGUCAUUAAAGUAUUCAACUUUGAAACGGAACGAGAAAGACAAUUAAUCUUACCAGAUGAUACAAUUAUCAUGAAAUCACAGAUGCAAACCGUCCGUCCAUCAAAAAUCUAUAAUAGAAACCCAAGCAUAAUUGGAAAGGAUGGUUUAUUAUAUGCAAAUCUACUCUCUGAUGACUCGGUGAUCAUUUGGAAUAUCCGUGAAGAUUCCAAAGAUAUUGAACCUAUAGUCAAGAUCCAUCCUGAUUUACAACACAUCAAAUAUUCUAUAUCAAUUUAUGAAGCAAUAAAUCGUCGAGCAUUACCUCAAGUUACAACCAUUGCAUUGAAUGGAUGUAUAAUUGCCAUUGGGGGAUAUAAUGGAGUUACGAAUAUUUAUGAUGUUUUCAGUGGGAAAUUUUUACGUGAAAUUUCAAUGAAAUUCCCAAAACGAUUUACUCAUACCUAUAAUGAAUUGAUACCGAUAAAUUUCAUUAAAUUAAAUCCAAAUCAAAUUGAUACAAAUGGAAUAAUUGUUUGUGGUGAUACGAUUCAAUAUUUCCAAUUUGGUGAUUUGCAAGAGAUAAAAUCUUCUGGAUCCAAUAAAAAGGCAAAAUUGGUGAACAUGGGAGUGCUUGGCAAAAACGAAUCAAAGAGGAAGAUAAGAGAAGGUAGAGCCGAAUAUGAUAGUGAAGAAUAUACUAAGAGUAAGACAUAUGGACUUUUGGAUAAAUAUAAUGGAACUCAAUUUGACGAUGAAGAUGAUGAAUUAACUAUGGCAUUGGCAAUUAGUGAAAGUUAUCAUAGCAGCAAAGAUACAAGUCAAGUGUCUGUAGAUCAUGAGGAAAAUAUUGUCAAUGGCGGAUCAAUAGAGGAAGAAGAAUUGGAUGAAGAGUUGUUGUUAGCCAUUGAAUUGUCUAAGCAAGAAGCGGGUUUGCAGACGGAGGAAGAAGAAGAAGAGUAUAGUUUGUAUAGUGCUGAACCAAUCGAACUGAGUAGUAGUCAAAGGGAAUUAAUAGAUCAUGAAAUUGACGAAGAUAUUAGAAGGGCAUUGGAACUUUCAUUGAUUGAAAAGUAG